GAGUGUGCCAACAUCUUUGUAAUAGGAAAAUAGUAACGUAAAAGGAAAAUAGUAACAUCAUUCACAUUUCCACUAAAAAAACGAAGCGGUGUUUUUAUAAUGUUCUUGGAAAGACCCGCUUACAAGAUAUGAUAUCUUGAAGAAUCAAUUUAAAUAAAUUAUAAAGAUAAAACAAAACAAAAAAAAAAUGAUUGACAAUUCCGAAAAAAAUAUUGGUAGCAUAAAAUCUAUGAUUAAAACCAACUCUCAUUAUGCUAUAGAAUUCCAAACUGGUGAAAAGGCUAAUUUACAUAUUUAUAAUAAUCAUGUAUUUAGAUAUUACAUGUCUCCAAGCGGAGUAUUCUUGGAUUUUCCUAUACCAAUAAACCCAGAUGAUGUAGCAAAGAUUGUUAUAAAAAGCAUAAACGACUACGGAUUCGAAGCAUUCAGACAUUCGAUACUUAACGAUGUCAAUACACAUUAUAUUGUGCAAACGCGAGAUGUACAAAUCAUUUUUGAUAAGAUAAAGGGUACCAUGAAUGUGUUUGACUUGAGAAUAAACAAAGACGUAUUGUUUGAAAUCAAACCUUUGUCUUAUGCCGAUUGCAAUUCAACCCAAGUAUUAAAGCAGCACGGUGACGAAUUCUUUUUCGGGGGUGGAAUGCAAAAUGGAAGAUUCACUCACAAGGGUGAAAUUAUAUACAUUGAAAACACGAAUGCAUGGGACGACGGAGGGGUAACAUCUCCUUGUCCCUUUUAUUGGUCUUCUUAUGGAUACGGUAUCCUAAGAAAUACCUGGCAGAAAGGAAUUUAUGAUUUUGGUGAUAAAUCAGAAAAAUUUAUAGAAACAAUUCAUGAAGGGGAAGAUUUCGAUGCAUAUUAUUUUAUUAAUAGUUUACCAAAAGACAUUUUAAACGAUUAUUAUGAGUUAACAGGACAACCGCUUUUGAUGCCAGAGUACGCUUAUUAUGAAGCGCAUUUAAAUGCAUUCAAUCGCGAUUAUUGGGUUAAAGUUACCUCAGACACUCGAGGAGCAAUACUUUUUGAAGAUGGGGAAUAUUAUAAAAGCUAUAAACCGAAUGAAAUUGGAGAUAAAAAAGGUAUUUUAGAAUCAUUAAAUGGUGAAAAGAACAACUACCAAUUUUCUGCUCGUGCUAUGAUAGAUAGAUACAAAAAACACGAUGUACCUCUAGGUUGGUUUAUACCGAACGACGGCUACGGUUCUGGAUAUGGUCAAACAGAUUCUUUAGAUGGAGACAUUAAGAACUUAAAAGAAUUUGCCGAUUAUGCCAUAGGAAAUGGCGUUGAAGUGGCUUUAUGGACAGAAUCCAAUCUUCAUCCUGCCGAUCCCUUAAAUCCAAAAAAAGGGGAGCGAGAUUUAGGUAAGGAAGUAAGUGUUGCGAAUGUAGUUGCACUAAAAUGUGAUGUCGCGUGGAUAGGUUCAGGUUAUUCUUUUGGACUUAGCGCAGUUGAAAACGCUACCAGUAUAUUUGUAAAGGAAACAAAAACGAAUGUAAGACCAAUGAUUAUAAUGGUCGAUGGCUGGGCUGGUACGCAGCGCUAUUCUGGUAUUUGGAGCGGUGAUCAAAAAGGCGGUGAGUGGGAAUAUAUUCGAUUUCAUAUACCAACUUAUAUCGGUGCAGGCCUAUCAGGUCUACCGAUUAUAGGUUCUGAUAUGGACGGUAUUUACGCUGGAGGUUGUAAAGAAAUUAAUAUCCGAGAUUAUCAAUGGAAAACUUUUACACCAUUGCAAUUAAACAUGGACGGAUGGGGUAACACUCCAAAAACUCCAUUCAGCUAUGACGAAGAAGCUAUUAAACUUAAUAGAGCUUAUUUAAAGCUUAAGUCAAUUAUGAUGCCAUAUAAUUACAGCAUUGGAUAUGAGUCUAUAAAUGGACUCCCCAUGGCGAGAGCUAUGUUUCUGGAAUUCCCCGAAGAAACAUCAUCUUACACAAAAGAUUCCCAAUAUCAAUACAUGUGGGGUCCUAAUAUAUUGGUUGCUCCAAUUUAUAAUGACGUUAAAGUGAUGGAUAAAUCUGUGCGCGAUGGAAUAUAUCUUCCAAAUACAAAUCAAAUAUGGAUUGAUUUUAUGACGGGCAAAAAAUAUCAAGGUGGUAAAAUCUAUAAUAAUAUUCUGACGCCCCUCUGGAAGAUUCCUAUUUUUAUAAAAGAUGGAUGUAUUGUACCGAUGACGAAACCAAACAACAAUCCCUAUGAAAUAAAAAGAGACCUCAGAAUGUUUACUUUAUACCCUAAUGGAACUUCCAGCUUUAAAAUUUAUGAAGAUGACGGCAUAUCUUCAGACUAUUUAAAAGGCGAUUAUGCUACCACUAAAAUUUUAGCAAUUGCUCCGAUAUCUAACCAUGUUGGUGAUUUAUUUAUAACUAUUUAUAAAACUCGUAAAUCUUACAAAAAUAUGGUUAAAGAAAGAAGUACAUUAAUACAAGUAAUGGCAUCGCAAGAGGUUGAAAAUAUAAAAGUCGCUAUUAAUGGAAAAUCGUUAAUUUUACAUAAAGCUGUAAGUCUUGCUGAUUUCGAAAAUCAAGAAAAUUCGUACUAUUUUGAUAAGCACUUCUUUAUAAAUUCCUAUUUAAGUGAAUAUAAGGAGACAAAACAAAAGUGCUUAUUAAUCAAAAUAGAAAAAAUCAACGUCACCACAAAUGAAAUCGCAAUCAAGGUAAACAAUUUUGCAAAUCAGGGUGAAGUUUUUGGACUAUUUUCUUUGAAUAAACUAUUAGAGCCACCGAAAAAUUUUAAUGUCAUCGACAAAAAACCAUCAUUGUCUUCGUCAAUUUCUCUCAAAUGGGAUGAAAGCAGUAAAUCAGAUUUCUAUGAAAUCGAAAGAGAUGGCGUAAUUUUUACAAAUAUUACAGGCAAUUCAUUUAUAUUUAAUGAUUUUGCUUAUGGAAGUAAACAUAACUUUAGAAUUCGAACUGUUUGGAAUAACACCUUUUCCGAAUGGACAAACUACACUUCAGGUAUAGUAAUGGACGACCCUUUGAAAUAUACAAUAAUAGGAGUUAAAGUCACAUGUAACUUGCCAUGUCAACCUAGUCAAGAAGUGUGUAAUCUUACCGAUGGAAAUCUCAAAUCGAUCUGGCAUACCGAUUGGGGCACUUCUGGUCAAUCGCAUCCUAAAGAAGGUAAAUACAUUACACUUAAUUUUGACUUAGGAGAUAUUUACGAAUUGGACAAAGCAGACUACAUACCUCGUAAGGAUGCUGGCAACGGUACAUUCCUUAUGAUUCGUUACCGCUAUUCUCAUGAUGGAAAAAAGUGGAGUGCCCUCUCGGAAUCCAUAAAAUUCCAGGAAGAUAACACAAUAAAAACUAUACAUUUUAAUGGAAACAAAAUGCGAUUUCUUGAAUUAUCUAUAUUAGACACUGUUGGCAACUUUGGUUCGGGUAGGCAGUUCUUAUUUUUUAAAAAAUAACUUAAGCCUCUAACGAAUUUUGUUUCUGUCAUACUAACAUAAUCUAAAGAUAGGUUUUAUCAUUUAAACAAAUUAUUUA